AACCCUACCUUAUCCUCUCCCGUCCAUCCCAUGCAGCCACACAGGCACGGAGGUGGCACACUCCUCUCGCCUCGCUUUUCCCUUCUAGAUCUCGCCGCUCUCUCUCCGUCUCUUGCGGUCUCGCCGUCGUCAGUCGCCCUCUUCCCUCCCCUCCGACCUCCUGUCCUCUCCAGUCUCCCCUUUCCCUCCCAUCUCCCCACGGUAGCGCGCAGGACGACGCACGGGCGGCACGCGGGGAGGCGCACAGGCGGGCGUGGCGAGGGAUGCGGCACGGCGCAUAGGCGCGACGGCUGGCAAGGGGACAGGCGCGGCGAGCGGGCGACACAGGUGACAGGCGAGGUGAAACACACCGAGAGGGUUUAGCGUCGGAUCCAGUCUCCACCGGAGCGCGGGGCGGCGGAUUCCAAGGCGGCGAUGGAGUUCUGCCCGGGGUGCGGGAUGCUGCUGCAGAUCCAGCCGGCCACCGGCGGGAACCGCCUGCGCUUCUACUGCCCCACCUGCCCCUACGUCUGCCCCGUCAAAAACAAGAUCGUGAAGAAGGCGAGACUAGUGAAGAAGGAGGUGGAGCCCAUCUUCAGCGACAGCGACGCCAUGAAGAAUGCCCCUAAGACCACCACUACAUGCCCAAGGUGCCAAAAUGGAGAAGCAUACUACAGGCAGAUGCAGAUUCGAUCAGCUGAUGAGCCAAUGUCUACAUUUUACAAGUGUUGCAGAGAAGAAUGCCAAUUUGAUUGGAGGGAGGACUGACUUUAGUAAUAUUUCUUGUUUAAUGUGUGUGGAUAUUUUUCCUGCUAAAACUAUGUAAUCAUAUGAAACCUUUUGUAAUCAGCUCAUGCCGCAGCAAAGAGCCAAAGAAAACUUACACAUGGGAAACCAACGUACCACAAAAUAUCGUGAUAUUUUGGUCUAGGCGUGUGCCAAAGUCCCAACCUAUCGUGGUGUUUUGUCUAAGAAUCCGAACUGAAGACUGGUCCAUUAAGGCAUUAACCCAAAAAAGAAAAGGCUUCUCACA